AUGAAUAUGAACAUGCACGGUAUGCCCCAACAAGGCGUGGGGGUCCCAGUAAACCAAAUGGGAAUGCCAGGAGUCCAAGUCGGUCCUGGAGGAGUCCCUGUAGGACCAGGAGGUGUACCUGUUGGACCUGGAGGUGUGCCUGUUGGUCCUGGAGGUGUCGGGAGUACCUCAAGGUAUUAUGCAGCAACCUUCUCCUCAACAAAUGCAACAGCAACAUGCUCUAUGCAGCACACAGCAACAACAGCAACAGCAGCAGCAGCAGCAAUCUCAAUUCCAACUGCCGAUAAGCUGGAUAAUAUAUCGAAGGUCAAGUCUUUGAUUGGACCGAGCUGA